AUGGCUAAGACAAGAAAAGUGUAUACAGUUUUGAAAGUUUUUAUUUUUUUCCUACACGUAUCAAGUUUCGUGGAAUCAAUUCCUCAAAUUGAAAAUGGUGAUUCAGUGAAUCAACCUGGUAGAAUGGGAGUUCCUCCUAGGUGUCCCGAUCUAAAUUGUCCCGCAUGGCAAUAUUCAGACUAUGAAAAUUGCAUAUGCGUUUGUAAAGAACAAGAAUGUCGUCUACCUGGAUAUAACUGGAAUAUUUAUCGUUGCAAAUGCGAAUGUGAAGAACAAGAAUGUCCUCCUGGAUAUAACUGGGACGAAAAAUAUUGCAAAUGCGUUUGUGAAGAACAAGAUUGCCCACCUGAUUACUACUGGAACGAAGAAUAUUGCGAAUGCGCUUGUAAAGAACGAGAUUGUAUCAGAUAUUCAUUUUUGAACUACGAUCUUUGCGAAUGCGUUUGUGAAGAACAGUCAUGUGAACCUGGAUAUUACUUGGACCGAGUAAAUUGCAUAUGCGUUUGUGAAGAACAGCCAUGUGAACCUGGAUAUUACUGGGACCCAGAACGUUGUGGAUGCAAAAGUGUAUGCUCUCCCAACUAUAUCUGGAAUGGAGAGCUUUGUGUAGAGCUCAUAUGUGAAGAGCGGAGUUGUCCUCGUCCUAAAUGUUGGGAUCCUAAACUUUGUGGCUGCGCUUGUUGUAGAAAUCCACCCGACAUCGUAUGCGAUCCUGGGGAAGAUUGGAAUGAUACUCUCUGUGCAUGUGAACCAUGUGAUUAUGAGUGUCCCGAAGGACAAAUUUGGGAUUAUGAAGCAUAUGAAUGCAUUUGCGCAGAGAUUGAAAGUUGUCUCGAUGAUCAAAAAUGGGAUCAUAAACUUUGUGAUUGUAUCUGCGCAGAGAUUAGGAAAUGUCCGGAUGGUCAAAAAUGGGAUCAUAAACUUUGUCGAUGUGUCUGCGCAGAGAUUAGGAAAUGUCCGGAUGGUCAGAUUUGGGAUCACGAAGUUUGUGAUUGCAUUUGCGGACAAAUUGAAACAUGUCCCGAAACUAAGAUUUGGGAUAAAAAACUUUGUGAAUGUGAAUGUGAGGAAAUAAAACAAUGUCCCGAUGGAAAGAUUUGGAAUCCCAAACUUUGUAAAUGUGAUUGUGGACGCAUAAAACAAUGUCCCGAUGGAAAGAUUUGGAGUGACGAUCUUUGCGAAUGCGUUUGUAACCGCACUGAAGAAUGUCCCUGUGGAAAAGAUUGGGAUCACAAACUUUGUGGAUGUGUUUGCGAAAGGAGCAAAAAAUGUCCCAAUGGAACGACUUGGAAUGACAAAUCUUGUAAAUGCGAUUGCACACAAAUUGAAGAAUGUUCUGAUGGAAAGACAUGGGAUGACAAUCUUUGUCAAUGCGUUUGCGAACAGAUUGAGACAUGUCCAGCAGGAAAUUGGAUUUGGAGUGACACACUUUGUAAAUGCACUUGCCGAAUUAAUGAAGUUGAAAUUGAACAAUGUCCUAGUUAUAUGUUUCCCAAAAUUUGGGAUCAAGAACUUUGUAAAUGCGUUUGCAUGCAUUCGUUUGCAGGAAGAUGUCCUUAUGGAUAUGAUUGGGAUGACAGAGUUUGUGAAUGUGUUUAUAGGUAUGAUCAUUAA